AUGAAUUCUGAAUAAUGCGAUAAUAGUUCUUAAUCAUUUAUGUUUUAGAGUUUUUAAUCAUAUAGAUAGUCACAGAUUGGAGAUCUAUUUCAAAAUUAAGAUUUUGCAUUGAAAAAUAAUUAAAUUUCAAUCUUUGAUGUUCAAGAAUAACUAUAAAGAAUAUAAUCGAUGAUAAUUUAAGAAAAUGAAGAAGAAAUAUUUUACAAUAUAAGUUUACUCAAACAAAUAAAGGAUAAUGUAAUAUAAUAUAAGUCAUAACUAUCAACAUAAAUAGAAAAAUAUACUGAUAUAAUAGAUUAAUAUAUAGAGUUCAUCAUAAAUUAAAAGGAAAAUUUUCUAUCUAAAAUUUUUGAAAUCCCUUUAAUAAAUUAAAUUGUAUUUUGUUAGUAAUAUUAAGAAAUAGAAAACUAAACCUCAAAUUAUGCUGAAAUCAAAAACACUUUAAUAAAAUAAUUAGAUUUGUUUAAUUCAUAAAUUAUUGUUAAUGAAUUAGAAAAACACUUAAAUGAAUUUGGAUUAAAAAGAUACAAAUAUUCAACUGAGAUUUUAGAAAAUGUAAUUUAAUAAAAUUAAGAUAAACUUAUUGAUUUAUAAUGUGAAUAUCAUAAAAGUUAAAUAUAAAUGAUACAUUUAAAAAAUCCAAGUUUAGUACCAAGAAGAUUAGCUUGUUUGACUUGUGUAGAAGAAAAUCCUGGUGAAUAUAUUAGAAUAGAAAGAUUUUAUUAUGAAUGGUAGACUUAAUAAUAAAGAAAAUUAUCUCAAUUAAGAAAUACAUAAUAAACAUUUGUUAAAGCAUAAACAUAUUAAAUAUAAUAAUUUAGUAAUUUUUAAUUUUAGAUCAAUGAUUUGAUUUUACAACAUAAAAAUGAUUAAAAUAAAAAUAUCUAAAAUUAUUUAUAAUAAGUAGAAAAAUUAAAAUAAUAAGAAUCAGAGAUUUGGUCUUAAAUUAAUAAUCAAAGAAUGAAUGAAAUUGUUGAAACCUAUAGUAAUUAAACUUCUAUGAUAGAGUUUGAAAAUAAACAUCAAUCAAAAUUGAAUAUUUGGAAGCAAAAUUAAUAGCUUAAUUAUAAUACUUUCUUUGUGAUUAUAUUGAAUUAAUUGAAAGAUAUAAAUCCUGAUACUUAACUCACAACUUAUAUAAAAUAAUUUGAAUAAAAAUAAAGCAAUUUUAGCUAUAGAUUACUUAAUUAAAGUUCAGUAAAACAAUAAGAUUAAUGUUAUGCUAUAGCUAUUAGUACAGAUACAUCCAUCAUUGUUGUUAGUUGUGAAUAAUUAAUUAAAGUACAUUAAUUUGAAGAUGAAAUAUUAAUUGAAGUAUAAGUAAUUAGCGAACAUUAAAAACAAGUUUAUUGCUUAGUGUUUAUGAAAUAUUCUUAUUCAUUUAUAUCAGGGAGUGAGGAUAAUUCAAUAAGAAUAUGGGGAUAAAAAAAAAAGAAUUUAUGGAUUUGUCAAUAAAAGUUAUAAUCACACUUAGAUUCUAUUUUCUCAUUAAUAAUAUCUAAAAAUGAUGAUCUCAUCAUUUCUGGGAGUAAAGAUAGUACAAUUAAAAUUUGGGAUAAGUAAAGUUAAUAUAAAAUUGUAUCCAUUUUAAAAGGAAAAAAAGAAUGGUAGUGUAAGUAAACUAUAACAAGUCAUACAGAAUCUGUAUUUAGUUUAGCUUUAAAUGAAUAAUCAAAUUAUUUAAUCUCUUGUGGGAAAGAUUAUAAAAUAAUAGUAUUUAAAGAAUAAGAAAUAGGGUGGAUUUAAUAAUAAAUAAUUCAUGUUAAAUGCUAUGGACUUGGAAUUAGUUUUAUUAAUAAUCAUACAUUUUGUUUCUAACCAUAAUAUCAUAACAAAAUUGAUAUUUAUAAUUUGAAUUUUAUAAAUUAUACUAAAACUAAAGAAAUAUCCGUUAAAAUAGGAGGAGUCUCUAAUAAUUUAUUCCCUUAAUAAAUGAUAAAAUCAAAAUAAUUAAUAAUAAAUAAAAAUGGGACUUAUGUAAAUUUUAUAAAAAUUGAUCAAAAUUCUGAUAUAGUUUCCGAGUAUUCGAUUUAAUUUUCUACUCCUUAGAUUUUUGGGAAACUUAGUGAUAAUGGUGAAUAUCUAUUUACCUGGGAUUUUAAAUCGAAAGAAAUAUAAAUAUGGAAGUACAAUGAAUGA